AGAUUUUUGGCCUCUUUGCAAAUACGAAUAGAUUGUAUAUUGAUCAGGUCAUUAAUAGAACCUUGAAAUGACUCGGUGUUUGCAGCAUUCACCGCAUAAUUUGCCUUACACUUAUACCAACAAAUAUUUUGGAGCCGGUGAGCAGGAACAGAGCGUGGCACCAUUCCGAGGUUUAUAUUUAAAGUUGCUUAACACGGGUUCCUCGUUGUCUUCAUCGUUUGACCCAAAUAAUCCAACUAAUCCAGUUUCUGACUCCUCACAUAACAAAUCCGACACACUUGGCAGUACCAAAAGUAGCGAUUCGUCCUCUCUGCCGAGGACAUUACCCAAUUCGUCGAAAAAGCACACCAGUAUUUUGCGACCAUUUUUGCGGAAGAAAACAAAGCGGAGUCCAUCAUCAAGGAAUAGCCCUGGAAGUAGCAGUGACCACCGUGAAACAAAUAGAAGUACUGAAGGUGAGGCAAUGAAACGAACAGCGUCCCCAACAUUGCCGGAUGGUGCAACACAAGCAAAAUAUGAACCUCCCAUAUGUAAUGGAGAGAUUGUUGUAACUGGCUCAUCUCAUACUAUUAAUGCUACAGUUGGCACGGAUUCAUUGAAGUUACAGGAAGGAAAAACGUCAGAGGAAUCGCCAUCACAACAUAUGGUUCCACUGAGCAAAGAUUUUCUCACCCUUUGUUCGACGGAUGCAUCAGUAAGCAUGGAAGUGCAACAUUUUUUUGACUGUACCAACGGUAAAAAAGCAACAGAUGUUCCAAAUGGAUGCACUGCUACUGCUACUCAUCUGAAUAAUGCAAAGUUAGAGAAUGCUUACAAAGGAGGCGUUGCCAUACUCGAUUUUGGCGCUCAAUUUGGGAAGGUUAUCGAUCGUCGAGUUCGUGAGCAAAAUGUCUUUAGCGAAAUUUUACCGUUUAACACAAAAGCAGCUGAUAUGGUCGAAAAAGGGUGCUACAAGGCGAUCAUAUUGAGUGGUGGACCAAAUUCUGUAAAUUCAUUCAAUGCACCUGAAUUUGAUCCUGCUAUAUUGACUUGUGGUAUCCCAGUCCUCGGCAUCUGUUAUGGUUUUCAGCUGAUAAACAAAGCAUUUGGAGGAUAUGUGUCCAAAAAAUCUGUACGAGAAGAUGGGCAACUUGAGAUUGAUGUUGAUACAACCUGUCCAUUGUUCAAGGGACUUGCAACCCGGCAGAAGGUGCUAUUAACCCAUGGUGAUAGUGUCACUGAAGGAACUGUAGCUAGUGAUUUCAAAGUCGUGGGUAGGAGUGGAAAUUUUGUUGCAGCAAUUGCUGAUGAAAGGCGAAAGUUGUACGGCGUGCAGUUUCAUCCUGAAGUAGAUUUAUCUAUCUGCGGAAAGGAAAUUUUGCAUAAUUUUCUCUUUGGAAUAGCUGGUGUCACUGGUGGUUUCACAAUUGAUAAUCGCGAACAAAAAUGUAUCCAAGAAAUUCGUUCUGUUGUAGUGGAUAAGAAAGUGUUGGUGAUGGUGUCGGGUGGGGUGGACUCAACGGUAUGUGCUGCUCUUCUUCACAAAGCUUUAGGAAGUGAUCGAGUGAUUGCUGUACACAUCGAUAACGGUUUUAUGCGUACCAGUGAAAGUGAUCGAGUUGUGGAGUCGUUGAACAAAUUGAAUUUGAAAGUGCGAAGGUAUAAUGCUUUCUACGCCUUUAUGAAUGGCCGAAUACCAAUGGAAAACGAACUUUCAACACCUCUAAUGAGGACGGUGCAGCCCGAGGUGAAACGUAAAAUAAUCGGUGAUACAUUCAUGCGAGUGAAAGAUAAAAUAAUGGAUGAGUUGAAGUUGGAUAAGGAUGUGUUUUUGGCACAAGGUACGCUCAGACCAGAUUUGAUUGAAAGCGCGUCACAUUUGGCUAGUUCUCAUGCAGAUGUUAUUAAAACCCAUCACAAUGAUAGUGCUCUUGUCCGCGAACUAAGGGAUUUGGGCAAAGUUUUGGAGCCACUGAAAGAUUUUCACAAGGAUGAAGUUCGUGAGUUAGGAAUAUCACUAGGUUUGCCUGAACAUAUUGUCCAUCGACAUCCUUACCCAGGUCCAGGAUUAGCUAUUCGGAUCGUCUGUGCCGAACGUCCAUUAAUUACUGACCUCGAUCUUUUCGUUACUACUCAGCACCAUUUGCACAUGGUUGCAAACCUUUCGCUUUGUGAUAGGGAUUCCGAAGAAUUCAGUACCAUAACUCAGUACUUGUCGGAAGUUGACUUGAAAGCUAUCAGUGACCAUGAUUUUGAAAUUGCAACGACUCUUUUACCAGUGCAGUCGGUUGGAGUACAAGGUGACGGACGAUCUUAUGCAUAUGCAGCCGCACUAUCCACAAACGAAAGGCCUAUUCCAUGGGAGCUGUUAGAGCGAUUGGCUCAUGUUAUACCUCGCUUGCUACACAAUAUAAACCGAGUAGUGUAUGUUUUCGGGAAUGCGGUUGAAUAUCCGGUGAAUGACAUCACGCGCACAUAUUUGAACGGUUUCACAGUAGACCUACUAAAGUGGGCGGACAGAAUGGCUUCUGAUGUUCUUCGUGGGCUAGACGAGAAUGGUAAGAGGGACCCCAAUUUGGAAGUGUGUUUACAAAAAAUACAGCAGAUGCCAGUGGUAAUGAUUCCUGUUCAUUUUGACAGAGAUCCUCUGGAACGAAGGGCAUCAACGCUGCGAUCUUUUGUUCUUCGUCCUUUUAUAACAAAUGAUUUUAUGACAGGUGUUGCUGCUUUACCGGGAAAAGAUAUCCCCGAACAGAACGUAUUGGAAAUUGUACGUCGCAUUACGGAGCGCGUGCCGUUAACAUCACGUAUCAUGAUCGACCUUACAUCAAAACCACCAGGCACCACAGAAUGGGAGUAAUCAAUUGAGACCACUGUACUUACGAUCUUACUUCCAAAGUUUGUUCCCAACACACACGUAGUUCCAUGUAUACUGAUAUAUUAUAUAAAUUUAAGGUUGUGGAACCUAACAGCGCAAUUUUCUUUCGCACAUGAAGGGAAUAUGGGAGGGAUUAUGGAAUUAUUUGUGAAGGGAUUAUGAAAUAUUUAUGGAGGGAUUGUGAAAUUCAUAAUAGUUUUUGUGAUUUCCAAUUUUUCUAAUGCCUAUAUACUUACGCAUGAUUCUAUCCUCUGUUGC